GCGAAUUUCAAUUUUCCUUUUGCACUUGACUAAGGAGAGCAAAUGAUCAAAUCAAUGGCCUAUCUCGACUGACUGGCCGUGAACGACGGUGAAAGGGGGCAAGUGUGGCCGGCGGACGGCGAUCCACGACGAGAGGAUGAUUCAAGCAGCUCUGUCGCCGGCAGUUGCUGUUCUUCCAUUCCCAGCAAAAAGGAAACUUCCACUUGCCGAAUUUCGCUCUUCACCCUACUUCCUCCAAUCCAGUCGUCGUUGGCGUUCAUCUUUCAAAUGUUGUUGCCGAGAAGGCGAAAGUGUAGCCGCCGAUCAAGCCGCCGACGUAGUUGAGGGAUUUUUAGUUCUUUCGCCGGAGGUACCGUGGAAUGAAGGGAGUACAUGGAGCAUCUUUGCUACGUACAUGUUUUCUCUGCACAUCCCUUUGGGUAUUGGUGGAUCGUCUAUUGCUGCGUACGUAUUGCGGCAGCCUGCUCUUGAUCCUGAGGCUCAAGUAAUAUCGCUACUUGUUGUCCAAACACUAGAAUUAGCUGGCGCUUUGCUUCUGCUUAGUACUGCCGCUAGGCCAGAACACAAGCUGACUAAUUUCUUCCAAGUCAAGAAAUCGGACAAAGAGAGAAACUGGGUGUUGGCAUCAGCUUUGGGCUUUGGGUUUCUUCUCCUCAUGAUUCUCCUGACAUCAUUAGUCACCAGCAUAUCAUCAGAUGGCGGCAGGGCAGCAAACAGCCCCAUAGUGAAGGAGAUCCUGCAGAGCAGCAACGCAGCAAAAGCUGCUUGUGCUUUUGUAUACUGCAUUACCACUCCCCUGCUGGAAGAAACGGUCUAUAGAGGGUUUCUGUUGAGGUCUCUCGCCUCCAGGACAAACUGGCAGCAAGCAGUGCUAGUUAGUUCUGCCGUGUUCAGUGCUGCCCACUUCUCUGGCGAAAAUUUUGUGCAGUUGUUCAUAGUUGGGUCUGUUCUGGGUUGCUGUUACUGUUGGACAGGGAGGUUGAGUUCUUCCAUUGCAGUACACGCUCUGUACAAUGCCAUCAUACUGCUGGCUACUUAAUGUGGUGUCUUAUUAUGAAGAGCUUCAAGUGAAAGAAAAAAUGGCAUUUCGAAUGGCUUCCCAGAUUGUGGUUUUGAGAAAAGCUUCAACUGUUUGUAAGUCACGUUCAGUUCACUGCUACAAGUUUGGUCCAUCUUAAUGAUUGAUCGUGUGGGUGAACUGGCUCUUGUUCUAUAUAUCUUCAUCAUAGUGGCAGAGGCAUUGAUGCAUUUCUGUCUGUGUUGGUUGGCCACUAUCGUAGCAGAGUCAUUAAGGCCAGUUAGGCAUCUGUUAGUGGUGCCAUGGACCAAAAGAUAAGCUAGUAAGCUAGAGGGUUUAAAAGGCUAAUGAUAGAUUAUCAUGCUAAAAUAGUAUUUGAAGAAGUGUGUAAGUGGAAGUGGUGGGUCAUUCCAUAAUGCGAACAUAAAUUCCAGGUGGCAAC